CGCGCCGUCGACCUUUUUCUUGUUUUGACCGCCGGCCUGAGCGGGGCGGCGUGACAGUAUUCCUGCCUCCAGCCCUAGUUGAAGGCCUGCAGCUGCCCAUCCUUUGCUUUUUUCGUCCCUUGCAUUCCUACACAUACAAUGCACAACAAGCACAGCAUGACUGGGGACCCGCUGGACAAGCAGAAUUUCACGAGCAAGAUGAAGAGCUGGGAGGUUCGCGAGGCCUUCCUGGACUACUUCCGUAAGGAGCGUGCUCACACCUACUAUCACAGCUCCUCAACGGUGCCCCAUGAGGACCCCACGUUGCUCUUCGCUAAUGCGGGCAUGAACCAGUUCAAGGCCAUCUUUGUGGGAUCAGUGGAACCUAGCAGUCCCUUAGCAGGCCUGGUGCGAGUGGUCAACUCCCAGAAGUGUAUUCGAGCUGGUGGGAAGCACAAUGACCUGGACGAUGUGGGUAAGGACGUCUACCACCACACAUUCUUUGAGAUGUUGGGCAACUGGUCCUUUGGGGACUACUUCAAGAAGGAGGUGUGUACUUGGGCCUGGGAGUUGCUGGUGGAUCGAUUCCAUCUCCCAAAGGACCGGCUGUAUGUAACUUACUUUGGUGGCAGCCCUGACCAGGGCCUGGAGCCCGAUCUGGAGUGCCGUCAGAUCUGGCUUGAUCUCGGCAUUGCAGCAGAGCGUAUCCUACCUGGCAGUAUGAAAGAUAAUUUCUGGGAAAUGGGGGAAACAGGGCCUUGUGGGCCGUGCUCUGAGAUCCACUUUGAUCGCAUAGGUGGCCGUGAUGCUGCUCACCUGGUUAAUGAGGAUGACCCAGAUGUACUGGAGAUCUGGAACCUGGUUUUCAUGCAGUACAAUCGUGAGACUGACGGCACCCUGCGCAGCUUGCCUAGGAAGCACAUUGACUGUGGGAUGGGGCUGGAACGACUUGUGUCAAUAUUACAGGGCAAGACUUCCAACUAUGACACUGACCUCUUCACACCCAUCUUUGCAGCCAUCCAGGAAUUGGCUGGCUGUGAGCCAUAUAAAGGGAGAGUGGGUGAUGCAGACACUAAUGGUGUGGACAUGGCAUACCGUGUGGUGGCUGACCACUUGCGCACCCUGACAGUUGCCCUGAGUGAUGGUGGGAUGCCGGACAAUACGGGGCGUGGGUACGUACUGCGGCGGAUCCUGCGUCGUGCCGUACGUUAUGCUACAGAGAAAUUGGGUAUGCGGCCAGGCGUGCUGAGCACCUUGAUUGAUGUGGUGGUGGCGCUGCUUGGGAAGGCUUUCCCUGAGGUGACUCGUGACCCUCAGGCACUGAAAGAUGUGAUUGAUGAAGAGGAGAGGCAGUUUCUGCGGACACUGGUGCGAGGCCAGAGGGUACUAGAACGUGCUGUGAAGCACUUAGGGAAUGCAGGUGGCAGUAGCGUGGUACCAGGUGAGGUUGUGUGGCGCCUGUAUGACACUUAUGGCUUCCCUCCUGAUUUGACACGUCUCAUGGCUGAGGAGCGAGGCUUAGGUGUGGAUGAAACAGCCUUUGAGGAGUGCCGGCAGGCAGCUCAGGAACGUUCCCGUGGGGGUCAGGCAGGCCAGGAUGAUGUUUGUCGCCUCAACGUGCACGCCAUUGAUGAGCUGCAGGGCCGUGGCAUUGCCUUCACUGAUGACGCCCCUAAAUACAAAUACAAAGCCGGCCCUGUCCAAGAAGCAGAGUACUUCUUUGAUCCAUGCAAGGGCCGCGUGGUGGCCAUCCGAUUUGAGGGCCGAUUUGUGGAUGCUGCAACCUCAGGACAGCGCUGUGGCAUUGUACUGGAUCGAACCAACUUUUAUGCUGAGAGUGGUGGGCAAGAACAUGAUGAAGGCUUCAUGACAAAGGUAGAUGACCCUGAGACAGAGUUUAAGGUGGAGGAUGUGGAGGCCCGUGGCGGCUACGUGUGUCACCUAGGCAUGGUUGAAGGUAACUUGAAGGUGGGUGACGAGAUGACCUUGUCCCUUGAUACUCACCGCCGCCGACACCUUAUGAACAACCACACAGGGACCCAUAUCCUAAACUAUGCCUUACGGCAAGUGCUCACCGCUGAAGCAGACCAGCGAGGCUCCUUGGUGGCUCCAGAUCGCUUGCGCUUUGACUUCACAAGUCGUGGUGCGUUGACCUGUGAGGAAGUGCGCUGUGUGGAGGAAGUGGCCCGUGCCAUGAUAGAGAAGAACCAGCCUGUGUUUGCCAAGACAGCCCCACUUGCUGUGGCAAAAAGCAUUCAGGGUCUGCGUGCUGUGUUUGGGGAAGUGUACCCUGAUCCAGUGCGGGUGGUAUCCGUGGGCGUAUCCGUGGAGCAACUGGAGGCUGACCCUCACGGACCUGCCGGAGCUUCCACUAGCGUAGAGUUCUGUGGUGGCACACAUUUAUUGCAGGCAGGCCAUGCAGGGGAUCUGCUCAUUGUGAGUGAGGAAGCAAUUGCCAAGGGCAUUCGACGGGUGGUGGCUGUGACUGGCCCCGAGGCUGUCCGUGCUCUUGCCCGUGCUGCACUCCUGCAGGAAGAGAUUAGCAGCCUGAAGGUGCGGGUGGAGGCAGAGCGACCGCCGCUGCGUGAGGUGGUGCGGCAGGUGACUGCAUUGCUGGACCAGGUCAACACUGCCCAGAUCCAACACUGGCGGCGAGAGGAGCUGCGCCGCCAGCUGGAACUCAUCAAGCGGGUCGAAGCGGAUGCUGAGCGAGCCCGCAAGGCUGCCAUCUCAAAGCAGGCUGUGCAGGCCACCCGUGAACUGCUGGCCUCCAACCCUGAUGUGGCAUACAUAGUGGUAGAGUUGCCGGCAUUUGCUCAGAAUAAGGUGCUGAAUGAUGCUCUGAAAGAGUUGCGUGGUGGUCCUCCGGCUCUUUUCCUCAGUGCUGACCCUGAUGCUGGCAAGAUUCUGGCCAUGGCAGCAGUUUCCUCGAAGGAUGUGGCCCGUGGCUUGAAGGCUAAUGAAUGGGUGAAGCAUUUGGAGCCUUUGCUGUCUGGCCGUGGUGGAGGAAAGCCAGAGUCUGCACAGGUGAGUGGCUCAAAGGUAGCUGCUAUGCCUGAGGCGCUGAAGAUGGCACACAGCUUUGCUCAAGAGAAGCUGGGCUGUGCUCCAGUCACAUUAGAGCUACCUGCUGCAGCCCUGGAGAAGGCUGCCAAUGCUGCCAAUGCUGCCCCACGUCAAAAGCCCGAAGGCUAUGAAGAUGCAUUCCGACCUACUACAAGUGUGCCUCUGCUCUAUGGGGCAUCGAGCAGUGUGCUGUCCCUGCCAGCAGUGAUAGCAGCUCAGUUUGCUGACAUCAAGUUAAAGAUGGUGGACAAAUUCCAGAUGGGUGUCAGCAAUACCAAGCCACAGUACAUAGACCUGUUUGGGCGAGAAACUGUGCCUAGCCUGCUGCUGCCUGAGGGCUCCACCAUCACGGGUAGUAUGGGUGCUACCUGGUUCUUGGCUUCUGAUGCCAUGCGGGGCCACGACCCCAUAGGCCAGGCACAGGUCCUGGCCUGGAUGACCACGGCAGAGUCCCAUCUUUUGCCACUGGUUGCUGCUGCCCUGGGGAAGCAGGGUGGGGCCAAAGGUGCACAGAAAAGUCUGGACCAGGAGCUGCGGCACAUGGAGGCUUAUCUGCUGCACCACACUUACCUGGCUGGAGAGCGGCUUAGUCUGGCUGAUGUGUACGUGUUCUCCGUCCUGGCACCUGCUGUCAAGGGUGGCCUGGUGGCCGGGGGUCGUGAUGGUCUGCCUGCUGUGAUGCGCUGGUACAAGACUAUAUUAAAUCAACCCAAGUUAUAUGAUCUCCCUGUUGUGCAGGCAGCUGGCCCCCCUAAGCCUGCAUACUAAAUGCCCAUCUGGAGUAGGCUGCCAUGUCCUGGGAAUUGAACUGAGGCUUUAUUGGGAUUAUUAUUAUUAUUGUUAUUAUUACUAUUAUUAUUAUUAUUAUUAUUAUUAUUAUUAUUAUUAUUAUUAUUAUUAUUAUUAUUAUUAUUAUUAUUAAGAUCAUCAUCAUCAUCAUUGUGAACUGCUCAGGCAUCUUAAUUUUUGUUAUGGGUGAUGUGGCUGCAUUUCUACUCAGAUGUUGACCUAAACUUUAAUCCUGUAACAUCAUCUUCCUGGGGGAAGAAGAGGUCAUGAGGGUGUUAUUUUGUAUUGCUAUUAAAGGGUGGCUACCU